AGGUACGUAAAUUCACAGUACCACAUUCAGCUAACGAAUUCCAACUACUGCACACAGCAAACGUUUAACUAACAACAUGUCGUCGAAAAUUGCCUGUAUUUUCAUUGUAUUAGUUGCUGUUGUUGCAGCAUCUCAGGUGGUAUCAGCCAAUCAAUCUCGUGGGGCUGCAAUGGAUCAAAGCCGCAACGCAGCAAUGGAUUCAUCCCGAGCAAAUUCUGCUUCACGUGAUUCAUCACGAAGUGCAGCAAUGGAUUCGUCACGAAACGCUGCAAUGGAUUCAUCACGGAAUGCUGCAAUGGAUUCAUCACGGAAUGCGGCCAUGGAUUCAUCACGGAAUUCGGCUAUGGAUUCAUCACGGAAUUCGGCAAUGGACUCAUCUCGGAACGCAGCGAUGGACUCAUCUCGGAACGCAGCGAUGGACUCAGCUCGUGGAAACGCAGCUCGUUCAUCAAAUCGAAAUGCCAUGAGCGACGCCAUCUAAUCCAAUUACAAAUAUCGUGCUGAAUAAACUACAUUCUGAUCCGCCUUGUGAAUAUUUUAAAUAAAAUUGUUGUCAAAUUGUGCGCACAAUAAAAUUAAUUGCAAACUAU